AUGCUAAAAGACUGUUUAGAUAUCAAUGUAGAUCCAGUGCCUGGUGCUUUGUGUGCAAUCACAUUCACAAUAUGCAAGGCUUGUAUACAAAGGUUAAAUGAUGCAGUUGACUUCAAACGACAAGUACAGGCAUGUGAAGAGAAAUUUAAGAAUUUUUAUAACAGGAAUGCAAUUAAAGUUAAAAACGGAAGCUACAAUCAGUUAGAUGUUAAAGAGGAAAUUCCAGAAUCCUUGUCAGUUGAAAAGAAAGAUGGUCUCGAUAUUAAGGAAGAACUACCAGAGUCCUUGCCAGAUUACAACGAGGAGUAUACGAACGGCGAGGAAGACGAUUUCGCCACUUUCGACAAUGAAGAUGACAAGGGAGACACCGAAGCGGUAGGGGAUGGCGUUAAGAAGACUAGGGGUAGCGGGAAGACGAAGAUGAAAGGAAGAACGAGAAAUCUGGCGUCUAAAAAGAGCGGGAAGAGGGACGCGGCAGAAGGAGAGACGGAUGGAGAGGAACUUGGCAAAAAAGGGGCCAAGCCCGCCAAGUUCCGCAUAUCGGCGAGCGACUACCGGCGCGACGGCGACGCCUACCACUGCGGCCACUGCGAGAAACGAUACGACAAGCUGAGCUCGCUCCGCUUCCACCUCAAGUCGAAGCACUACAAGAUACCGCGACACAACUGCGAGCUGUGCGGCCGCGAGUUCAUGACCCUCGCGCCGUUCACCGUCCACCGGCUGGAGGAGCACGGCAUCGACGAGCGGUUCGACUGCCGCGCGUGCAAGGGCAAGUUCAACACCAAGGUGCAGCUGAGGAAGCACAUAAACAACUUCCACAUGCUCGGCGAGCGCUACAAGUGCGAGUCGUGCGAGUACGAGUCGUUCAGCUUCGAGGGCAUGUACAAGCACAAGUUCAAGCACCGCAGCGUGAAGGACUACCACUGCCGGUUCUGCAUGAAGUCCUUCCUGAGGAAGACCACGCUCGACCUGCACGAGAGGAUCCACACGGGCGACAGGAGGAAGGUGUGCAAGGUGUGCGGCCAGGCGUUCGUGCAGAAGGCCAGCCUGAACUACCACAUGACGAAGUACCACCCGGAGACGCCUAUGGACGCUUUUAAUGCUGUAUGCAGCCAGGCGUUCGUGCAGAAGGCCAGCCUGAACUACCACAUGACGAAGUACCACCCGGAGUGCAGUGUAGUGAUGUUGGACUCCGAUACGAUCUAUCGAUUGUCGAUACCAGACACCUAUGGAGGCUUUGUUGUGCUAUGUCGGUGUUUGUACGGGUACAGGAAGAAUGUUUGCAAGUUUGGCGUCCAGGCGUUUGUGCAGCAGGCCAGCCUGAACUACCACAUGACGAAGAACCACCCGGAGGUGAAAUUUUUG